UCUUCGGCGCUUAGUGCGGCAACGUCCACUUCGCCAGCUGCAUCCCAGCGAUUUUUCCCCAAGCACGAGUCCACCAACCAGUGCAAAUAAAGCUUAAGACUUAAACUAAAGAUGGUCAACAUCGGCCACAUUUUCGUGUGGGCCUUGCUCUUGGUCACUACUUCGGGCACUGAUCUGAGCGAUGAUGAGGCGCUCAAUGACGUAUUAAGCGAACUUGAGUUUGACGACUCUUCGACCAGAUUAGCUCGCGACACUUCUCUGUCGGCUAAGCACAUCGAGAAGAUCGAUGUGAAAUGCGACCAAGGUGAUGGUAUGAUGGUCGAGGUGGAGUUCGCCGAGGACUUCGAUGGAGUCAUCUACAGUCAGGGGUAUUACAACGACCCCAAAUGCAACUACGUGAAGGGCGACCGAGCGGGUCGCAGUUUCACGUUCACAGUGCCAUACAAUGGAUGCGGCAGCAAACCAUCGUGCUCCGUAUGCGCCUCGAUCGAAAACAUCCUGAUUAUUCAGGAUGACAGGGACAUUCAAAACAGCUUCGAUAUAGCACGAAAGAUAUGGUGCAGUCGGGGUGAUGAACGUGAGAAGACUGUCUACUUCAAGCCAUUUGUGGUGGACAUGCUCGAAGUGAUUUCUGUGGAUACACCAAGUGGUCCUGUGGAGUGCUGGAUGGAAAUCGGCACUGGGUCUCCGCCCAAUAUCAAACCUAUUCAGGGCACUCUUACCCUCGGAACGGACAUAACGUUCACCAUUAACGUUAAGCACUCGGAACAGGCAUGGGACAUAAACAUACUGCAAUGCUAUGCCUCCGAUGACAUGGACUUUGAGGCCAGAACCACGAAAAGGUUACAGCUCUCGGACAAAAGAGGAUGCUCGAUAAAGGAGAAAAUAUUUGGGGAGUGGCGAAAGUUCGAAGCGCCCUCCAGUCUAACGGCCACCUAUUUUAAUACACUUAAGGCCUUCAGGUUCCCCGACCGAUCCCAGGUUUAUCUGAAGUGUGACAUUGAACUCUGCAAUGGUGCUUGCAAAAGGGAUUACUCUUGCGGCAGUGCGAGGACAGGCCCAUGUCCCGAGGGAUCAACUGAUCCGCAGUGUCUGCAGGAUCAUCUGAUUUCACCAAAGCCACGUUGCUAUCCCGGCUCCAGAGAACCUGGAUGCCAAACGCCCACUUCCCGGCCGCCGACAACGAUCAGGAUACCAAUAGCCUCAACAUUCACGCCUAGGCCGCGGUGCUAUCCUGGAUCCAACGAUCCAAGUUGUCCGCAGCCUACGUUGACAACAUCCCGGCCCAGUUGUCCUUUAGGCUCAACUGAUCCCCGUUGUCGCAUUGGACCACAGCCAACAACAAAGUCACGGUGCUAUCCGGGAUCAAAUGAUCCGGAAUGUCAGCCAGCUACAUAUCUUCCGCCGACAACGAGAAGGACUACGACCAAACCACGUUGUUAUCCGGGCUCAACUGACGUUGAUUGCCAGCCCGUAACAAGGGCAACCACUACCACAUUGAAGCCAAGAUGCUAUCCAGGCUCCGAUGAUCCUGAAUGUCAGCCGGCAACUUAUCUUCCGCCGACAACGAGAAGAACUCCGAUUCCUACGACAAAACCACGUUGUUACCCGGGAUCCACCGAUCCGGACUGCCAACCCAGAACCAGAACACCAAUUACUACCCCGAAACCAAGAUGUUAUCCAGGCUCUACCGAUCCUGAAUGUCAACCCGCUACUUAUAUUCCACCAACCACAAGGAGAACACCAAUCCAAACAACAAGAACGCCAGUAACCACAUCAGGACCAAAUUGUUAUCCGGGCUCAACUGAUAGUCGUUGCCCACAAAAACCUCCAACAACUCCAAGGUGUUAUCCGGGAUCUACUGAUCCCGAAUGUAAGCCCGCAACGCGUGUGACUCAGAAACCACCUACUACACCGCAGCCAAAGUGCUAUCCCGGAUCAACAGCUCCAGAGUGUCUUAAUUGUUAUCCAGGUUCCCCAGACCCAAGAUGUCCCAAGGUUCCAACCACAAGGAAGGCGGGAUGUUAUGAGGGUUCAGAUGAUCCAAAAUGUCAGCCUGCCACAUAUUUACCUCCUUCAUCUCGCCGCCCUCCCACGAUUGCGCCUAAGCCCAGAUGCUAUCCGGGAUCAACGGAUCCCAGCUGUCCGCAAACAACUCGACCAACCACAAUAAGGACACCCAUAACUACGUCUAAGCAAAGGUGCUAUCCGGGGUCUAGAGACCCAGAAUGUCAGCCUCCGACGAGGCAACCAAUUACAACGCCCAAGCCAAGAUGCUUCCCUGGAUCUUCAGAUCCCGAGUGUCAGCCAGCAACAUAUCUUCCACCAACAACUGCAAGAGCCACAAUUACAACAGUUAGGCCUAGGUGUUAUCCGGGAUCUAAUGAUCCGGAAUGUCAGCCAGCUACUUACUUGCCUCCGACGACCAGAAGGCCUGUAACCACUUCUAAGCCAAACUGUUAUCCGGGUUCGACAGAUAGACGCUGUCCGCAGGAACCCGUAACGACAUCAAAGCCCAGAUGUUAUCCCGGCUCAACGGACCCGGACUGCCAACCAGCUACGGUGCGAACAACAAUUCCGACAACACGAAGACCUCCAACUACAUCGAAGCCCAACUGUUAUCCGGGCUCAACAGAUAGCCGUUGCCCACAGAAACCGCCAACGACUUCAAAGCCGAGAUGUUACCCGGGAUCUUCGGAUCCUUUCUGUCAACCAGCAACUUACCUCCCGCCAUCAACAGCACGAACAACGAUUCCUACUACAAAGCCGAGGUGUUAUCCUGGUUCCAGUGAUCCUUAUUGCCAGCCACCAACAACAAGAACGCCUGUGACUACUUCCAAACCUAAUUGUUAUCCUGGUUCCACUGACAGUCGUUGUCCUCAGAAACCAGUAACUACUCCGCAACCUAAGUGCUAUCCCGGCUCUUCAGAUCCGGAGUGUCUUAAUUGUUUUCCUGGAUCUCCAGAUCCAAGGUGUCCAAAGGUUCCCACAACGAAGAAGGCGGGAUGCUAUGAGGGUUCAGAUGAUCCAAAAUGUCAGCCUGCCACAUAUUUACCUCCAUCAUCUCGUCGUCCCCCGACUAUUGCACCCAAACCCAGAUGCUAUCCGGGAUCAACAGACCCCAGUUGUCCGCAACCAACAACAAGAAGGACACCCAUAACUACAUCUGGGCCUAAGUGUUAUCCAGGAUCUAAUAAUUUAGAGUGUCAGCCAGACACUUACUUGCCUCCGACCACCAGGAGGCCUAUAACUACUUUUAAGCCAAGAUGUUAUCCGGGCUCAAGGGAACCUGAAUGUCAACCUCCAACAAGGCAACCAAUUACAACGCCCAAGCCAAGAUGCUUCCCUGGAUCUUCAGAUCCCGAGUGUCUGCCAGCAACACCAACAACUGCAAGAGCUACAAUUACAACAGUUAGGCCUAGAUGUUAUCCGGGAUCAAAUGAUCCGGAAUGUCAGCCAGCUACUUACUUGCCUCCGACGACCAGGAGUCCUUUGACCACUUCGAAGCCAAACUGUUAUCCGGGUUCGACAGACAGACGCUGUCCGCAGGAACCCGUAACGACAUCAAAGCCCAGGUGUUAUCCCGGCUCAACGGACCCGGAAUGCCAACCAGCUACGCCACCAACAACAAGAACGCCUGUGACUACUUCCAAACCUAAUUGUUAUCCUGGUUCCACUGACAGUCGUUGUCCUCAGAAACCAGUAACUACUCCGCAACCUAAGUGCUAUCCCGGCUCUUCAGAUCCGGAGUGUCUUAAUUGUUAUCCUGGUUCACCAGAUCCAAGAUGUCCCAAGGUUCCAACCACAAGGAGGGCAGGAUGUUAUGAGGGUUCAGAUGAUCCAAAAUGUCAACCUGCCACAUAUUUGCCUCCUUCAUCUCGACAGCCUCCCACGGUUGCACCUAGACCCAGAUGCUAUCCAGGAUCAACGGAUCCCAGCUGUCCGCAACCAACUCAACCAACCACAAUAAGGACUCCUGUAACUACGUCUAAGCAAAGGUGCUAUCCGGGAUCUAAUGAUCCGGAAUGUCAGCCAGCUACUUACUCUCCUCCGACGACCAGGAGGCCUGUAACCACUCCUAAGCCAAAUUGUUAUCCGGGUUCGACUGAUAGACGCUGUCCUCAAGUACCAGUGCCGACACCAAAGCCAAGAUGUUAUCCCGGCUCAACGGAUCCUGAAUGUCAACCUGCAACAUACCUCCCACCAACAACGGCACGCACAACGGUUCCUACGACUCGGCCAAGGUGUUAUCCCGGUUCCGAUGAUCCCGAUUGCCAACCACCUGCAACAACUAGAACGCCUUUGACAACAUCAAAGCCAAUUUGUUAUCUGGGCUCAACAGAUAGUCGUUGCCCCCAGAAACCGCCGACGACUUCGAAACCAAGAUGCUCACCUGGAUCUACUGAUCCUGAAUGUCAGCCUGCAACGUAUCUUCCUCCUACAACUGCGAGACCAACCAUUUCUACAACCAAGCCAAGGUGUUAUCCGGGAUCAACCGACCCAUAUUGUCAACCAAAAACAUAUUCCCCACCGACAUCAAGACCACUAAUAACGACAUCAAAGCCCAGAUGUUAUCCAGGUUCUUCAGAUCCUGAUUGUAAGCCAGCAACUUAUCUUCCACCUACAACUGCACGAGCUACGAUUACUACUUCGAAACCAAGGUGUUACCCGGGAUCUAGUGACCCUGAAUGUCAGCCAACUACUUACCGGACCCCAACAACUAGAACGCCUAUAACCACGUCCAAGCCCGAUUGUUAUCCGGGCUCCACUGACAGUCGCUGUCCGCAGAGGCCUCCAACUACUCCGCAGCCCAAGUGCUAUCCCGGAUCUUCAGAUCCGGAAUGCCUGAAUUGUUAUCCUGGUUCACCAGACCCAAGGUGUCCCAAAAUUCCGACCACAAAAAGAGCAGGAUGUUAUGAGGGUUCAGAUGAUCCAAAAUGUCAGCCUGCCACAUAUUUGCCCCCGUCAACUCGCCGCCCAACCACAAUUGCUCCCAAACCCAGAUGCUAUCCAGGAUCAACGGAUCCGAGCUGCCCGCAACCAACUCAGCCCACCACCAUUAGGACACCUAUAACUACAUCUAGACCUAGGUGUUAUCCAGGAUCCAAUGAUCCGGAUUGUCAACCAGCCACUUACUCUCCACCAACUUCAAGAUCACAAAUCACUACCUUGAAGCCAAGGUGUUAUCCUGGGUCAAGGGAUCCAGAGUGUCAGCCAGCUACUUACUUGCCUCCGACUACAAGGACUCCUGUUACUACUUCCAAGCCGAACUGUUAUCCAGGCUCGACAGAUAGACGCUGUCCUCAGGAACCAGUGACGACUCCAAAACCAAGAUGUUUCCCUGGCUCAACGGACCCCGAAUGCCAGCCAGCCACUUAUCUUCCACCAACCACGCUGAGAACAACAAUAACCACGGUCAAGCCAAGAUGUUAUCCGGGGUCCAGUGACCCGGACUGUCAGCCUGCAACAUACUCACCUCCAACUACUCGGAGGCCAAUAACUACGUCGAAGCCAAAUUGUUAUCCGGGCUCAACUGAUAGUCGCUGUCCGCAGAGGCCCAAAACGACUCAAAAACCAAGAUGUUAUCCUGGAUCUACAGAUCCUGACUGUCAGCCUGCAACGUACCUUCCUCCAUCAACGGCAAGAACAACGAUUCCCACAACCAAGCCAAGGUGCUAUCCGGGAUCAAGCGAUCCUUACUGCCAGCCACCGACAACUAGUACACCUGUAACAACAUCCAAGCCCAAUUGCUAUCCGGGCUCAAAGGAUAGUCGCUGCCCACAGGAACAACGCACCACUCCGCAGCCGAGGUGCUUCCCCGGCUCAUCAGAUCCUGAAUGUCUGAAUUGUUAUCCUGGCUCCCCAGAUCCGAGAUGCCCAAAGAUUCCAACCACAAGGAAGGCCGGAUGCUAUGAGGGUUCCGAUGAUCCAAAGUGCCAGCCUGCUACUUACCUACCCCCAUCGACUUAUCGACCGCCUACAAGUGCGCCUAAGCCGAAUUGCUAUCCAGGAUCAACUGAUCCGAGGUGUCCGCAACCUACUCAGCCUACAACUAUAAGAACACCAGUUUCCACACCAAGGUGUUACCCGGGGUCUACAGAUCCUGAUUGCGAGCCAGCAACAAGAGCACCUAUAACAACUUUGAGGCCAAGGUGCUAUCCUGGCUCUAAUGAUCCGGCGUGUCAACCAGCUACUUACUCUCCUCCGACUACAAGGACUCCUGUAACUACUUCCAAGCCAAAUUGUUACCCGGGCUCGACUGAUAGACGCUGUCCGCAGGAACCAGUGACGACCAAACCAAGAUGUUACCCCGGCUCGAAGGACCCUGAGUGUCAACCGGCUACUUACCUUCCACCGACGACGGCACGCACAACGAUUCCUACGGCUCGGCCCAGGUGUUAUCCGGGUUCCAACGAUCCGGAUUGCCAGCCAGCAACAUACUCGCCUCCGACCACCAGGACGCCUAUAACUACACCCAAGCCGCGAUGCUAUCCUGGCUCUAACGAUCCCUACUGCCAGCCAGCUACAUACCUUCCGCCCACGACAGCCAGUAGAUGUUAUCCCGGCUCCAACAAUCCUGAGUGUCAACCUGCCACGACCCGAACUCCUGUGACUACUUCCAAGCCCAACUGCUAUCCAGGUUCCACAGACAGUCGCUGCCCUCAGAAGCCGCCCACUACAACCAGACCCAGGUGCUAUCCAGGAUCAUCGGAUCCUGAGUGCCUGCCGGCGACAACGACAAGAACGCCGAUUGCCGGAACCACCCCUGUCUAUUGCUAUCCGGGAUCCAUUGAUCCACGUUGUCCUGAUUCCGGAUACAAGGGCACCAGCCGCAUCCCUGCCACUUAUCUGCCGCCCCUGAGUGAUCCGGGCUACGACAGAACCAUUCGGAAUGCGAAGACCUUGUUCUUCAAUGAAAUCAACCACUUGGCAUUUACCGACAACAACGUCUUCGAGCUGGACGACGACGAAGGCGAGCCAUCUAGGGUGAAGCGCGAGCUUAAGAUCGACGAGGAUGAGGAUCUCCUGUCCAAGAGAAUUAUGAAGCGCGAGCUUAACGAGCGACCAUCAGAGCAAGAAGUGAUUUCCCUGACCCUCGGAGUGCGAACUGGUAUCAGUGUUAAAUAGUCGUUGAAGGUCUAGUAGCAGUUAAGCAUAACAAUAUUAUAAUAUCAUCAUACACCGAUAUGUAUUUACCUAGAAUGAUAUUCAUUAAAUAUAAACCUAUGUACAAAUGUA